AUGGCCAAUAUGCCUUUAGUUGAAUUUCCAGCGGUCCUGUUAAACACGUCAACAGGAGAGAUUGAAUCUGAAUUCCACACAUAUGUCCAGCCCCAGGAGCAUCCUAUUCUCUCUGAAUUUUGUACAGAACUAACUGGCAUAACACAGAAUCAGGUUGAUGAAGGUGUUCCUCUAAACAUUUGUUUAUCACAGUUUUUGAAAUGGAUUCAAAAAAUACAAAAGGAGAAGAAAAUUAUAUUCAGUUCAGAUAUUCCAAGUCAUUCAACUUCAGAGGCAAAACCAUGUACCUUUGUUACUUGGACAGACUGGGACCUGGGUGUGUGCUUGCAGUAUGAGUGUAAAAGGAAGCAGCUGCGAAAACCUGACAUUUUAAAUUCCUGGAUUGAUCUCAAAGCAACAUACAGGGCCUUCUACAAUAGGAAGCCUAAGGGGCUAAGUGGUGCUUUGCAGGAUUUGGGAAGCUUUGCAGGACGGGAACAUUCUGGGUUGGAUGAUUCUCGGAAUACUGCCCGUCUUGCUUGGAGGCUGAUUUGCGACGGCUGUGUGCUGAAGGUUACUAAGUCUUUGGAUAAGGCACAUCUGAAGAAUAAUUUAAUUUCCGGAACAUCGGCUAUAAACUUCACUGACAAGACUCCACUGGGAAGUAACAGCAGACCUGAAACAUCUAGAGGUGGAACUUGCAAAACAAACUCUCUGGCUGAGAAAAAACACAACAGCAUUGCUGGAAUUAAGAUAAAUUCUAAUGUACAAACGGAAGAACAACAGACCACUCGCAUUGAUUCCUCUGCAGAUGUCCACGCUGUACCUAGCAGCAGCUCAAGGACUGAGUUACAUGCUCAAGCCCAAAGCUCUUUAACAGCAUCCACUGACAGAUUUCCUGUUCCUCUUGAGCAGGCACAGCAAUCUCACAGUACUGUAUCAACAGGCAUUCAGCAAGGACUGAGCAACAGGCAACCUCUGCGUACAGCCACAUAUAGCGCUCCAGUACAGGGAUCGGGACUAGUGCUCGUCUCCACUACCAUUUCUUCAGUUAAUAUCUCCAGUGAGGAUAUUAGUACUACUUCUGAUUGCUUAUCUCUGCUGACUGACUGGGAAGAUGUUGCUUUAAUACCAGAAUCUCAAUAUGAACAAAAUUCAGACUGUGUUCAAUUCAAAGAUGACUCAAGUACAGAUAUUUUAACAGUGCUUGAAGAAAAAACAAUUUCAAAACAAUCGACUGUGGUGAGUUUAGAUAAUCAAAGUUUGGAGAAAACUGUAGUACCUGUGGAACCUCUGAAAUCUAUCGUUUACAGAAGUCCUGAUACUACUAUCUAUAAUGUAGAGAUGGUACAAAGGCAGACUUCAAAUUUUUCAGUUUUUAAGUUACCAUCUGCAAAGAUAAAUGCUAUUUCAGCACAAUCAGCAUUAACUGGAAAUUAUUCUACUCCUUCGGAGGUUCAUAAAAGAAAGCCAACUAGUCCAAAAAUGUUCCCGCCAGCAAAAAAACAGUCUUUUGCUAUAUAUCAAGAGAAAACUGCAUCUUUUGAUCAUUCCUUACCUUUAAGAAGCUCAAAUUUGCCCAAUGUGUCUCCUGCCAUUCUGAACUCCACAGCCAAUUUGAAUCACUCUGUAAGAACUGUGAAAAAUGGAAAAUCAACUCCCCCUCUGUGUAACUGCGGUCGAAGAGCUAAAAAACUGCAUGUGUCAAAUACUGGUCCAAAUCACGGCAAAGCAUUUUUUUGUUGUCCUGUUGGGAAGCACGAAGGUAAUAAGAAAGGUUGUGGAUACUUCAAGUGGGAAUAUGCGCUUCUGAAAGAGAAAUCUAAUGGUAUCACCCUGAAUGCAGAUGCUUUGACCUCUCUUGGAACUUACGCUAAUAAUUUAGGAAGUUCUUCCAACAAGAAGUAUUUGUGUCUUAGACCCUCUAUGAGAACUUGA